AUGAAGCCUUCCACUCUACUCCUCUCCAUCCUGCCUCUGGCAAUUGCGGCCCCGCUCGCGGAGCCCGAGCCCGUCGCCGACAUCGAAGCUCGUCAAAAGUACAGCUCGUACGGUGACAAGAACGGUGGCUACGGAACCUACUUGCCUACUAAUACACGAGUCCGUAUAGCAACAACUACGGGGGCCCUCCUCCUCCUCCUCCCCCCCGCCCCCCCUCCACCACCAAAGCCUGUUCCUCCUCCUCCUCCACCACCCCCACCUCCACCUCCUCCCAAGGUUGUCCUGCCGCCGCCUCCUCCCCCGCCUCCCCCGCCGCCACCGCCCAAGGCUGGUUACGGCUCAUACGGCGACAAGAACGGAGGCUACGGCAAAUACGGCAGCUACGGCGCCUACAAGAAGGACUUGACCGAUGUCCUCGCCGCAGCCGCCUACUACCUGGAGUGA